AGCCUGAAACUGUUGGAGUGUGAAGGGUGGACUCGUAGCGUCACCGUUUCAAGGCCGUCUACCCUCAAUUCUCUUACUUCCAGUCUAAUUCGGAUCCUCUAUAUUUGAGGGGGAAAAUAAUAAUACUGGGAAAUUAAAUUCAAACUGUGUUCUUAAUUCUUGGAUGUACCAGAAAUUUUAGUUAUAACUUUGAUAGGAACUUGGAAAUGUCUCUGACUCAAUAAAAACGAAAGGGGAGCCAGAAAAAAUCCCACCAUGGAGCAAAGGCUGGAACGAAUAGUGUGUGUGGUUAUCAUUGUGAUGGCGACAGUCACACUUUGUGACAAGAGUGUAUUUGACUGGGUACCCAAGGAUAAUUAUGGUAAAAUAAACGGACUUAUGGUAGCUAUACAAAAAUCGACAGACUGUAAAGCAAAAACACAACAGGCGAUGACCUUACCAAAAGACAGUGUAUCUCAGAUUCCGAGAGCUAACCAACUUUUGAACAAAAUCUGGUACAAAAACCGAACAGCUCUCGUUCAUAUGCAUAAUAUGGCACUAAACAGGGCUUACUUUUACAGCUACAUAUUUCAAAAGUUAAACAAAACUCAGACAGACUUCCAGUAUCAGCCAGGGUGGUUUUAUAACUACGUGUCUGUAACGGCGGAUACCAACGCUAACAAGGGGAUCUUCAACGCGUCAGCUCUCAUGUUUGACAACCACAACUAUUAUCCUAACUGGAUGACAAACUUUGACUUCAAUAAGACACUCCCGUUGUUCGGUGUUCGAUCUUUUAGAUUUGACGAUACAUUCGAUAUGGGAGUUAUUCUCCGAGAACCUACUGGAAGAACAACGUUAGUGCAGGAUAUCGGGGCUAUAGGGAACUACACACACAAAGGUUAUAAAAUGGCCCCUUGGUACAGCUUUUGGCUUCCGGAUAAUGAACCUACAAUGGACUCAGUGCAAAAAUUUACUUACGCUGUGAAUGUGAAAUAUGCCAAUGGAACGGGGCGCUGGCUACAUGACGAGUUUCAGACCACCCCGUUUUUUGGUCCGAAUUCCCCCGGUAUUGGUGACACAGACGAUAUGUACAUGCCUGUACGUUUUACCGAUGCUUACUUUGACUGCAAAAUGUCCAACAAAUGGAUUGUAAGCGCCGUCGCACCCAUCGUGGACUUUAUGCCGAGAUAUUCUAACUGGACCCACCUCAGACGACCAAAAUUUGUCGGCGUUGCCGUAAUGGAUAUCGACUUUCUGGAGGUCGACUUUAACGCUUGUCCAGUCAGUAUCGGGAACCCUGGUCCAAGUUUCUUGUCGGGAGUCAGCAAGUGUAAAACUAAGACAACGCAGUGUAAACAUGUUUCUGGAAAGGGCUUUAAGCGAGGGGCGUAUACCUGCAUAUGUAACUCGGGGUACAGCUAUCCCCCAAGAGUCGGACCUCCCUGGAAAGGCGGAGAUUUGGAGAAAGCUACAGAAUUUGAAAUUUCUGUUGGUUACAAAUGCCGACCGACAGGAUAUCUCCGGGUGCUUCCGGUUGUGGACACAAGCGCCCUUAAUGUAAAAGUAGAAAGAGAUUCUGGAUCCGAUCCGUUUCUAACGGAUCGCUUCAAUGGACGCCAACUCCGGUCAGUCAAUGCCAGCCAAUUCUAUGGUCCAGUUCGAAGAGAGGCUGUGAGAAAAACUCAGCAACCUCGCCCCAUUAAACGCGAAAUUGUAAAAAAAGAUUACAUCGAUCAAGAUUUCAAACGAAAGCCUCUGAUAAAGAAACAAAAGAGGAAGAGAAAGAGGCGAGAGGCUCAGUUUGACCAGAUGAAUUUCGACAGAAUGCAGGGAAUUUUCCAAACGAUCAAGAAGAUAAACAGAGAUAACUGUAAAACGUUUUCUAAUCGAGCUAUGCUCCUGCCUGGGGAUGUUGGAUACGGGGUAGAAAAGCAGUUCGACACCCAGGCCCGCUUUGCUCUCCGAAUUUCUCACCUUCUUAGCAUCUGGUUUCAGAAUGUAAUGCCAGGUGAAAAUUUUGGCUACCUUAAAGGUGGGAACAGAAUUCACAACGAAUUGAUGUUUGGGGAGGUGCUAGCAAACGUUAUUGCGGAUUACAAGGUGCUGUCCAGCGGUAUAUACUUCGAACCCCACGUGUUUGAGGACUGGGAUGGAAAGUCGAGGGAGUUCUUCGGUCCUUUUGCUUGGAAGCGGGACAAGAGCGUGUACGCCAUUGACAUGGGAGGAUUCAAGAAAAGAUACAUUGAUGAAGAUUGGUACGUUAGAAUCCGCCAGCGUUGGCAGACGAACACUGCAGGCGUUAAGAAGUACAGGAUGAAGGCAAAGGUACGCUCUGAUAUUAAAGGAUCGAGUUCGGUGAACUUUGAAUACUACCCAAUGGGAUACAAAGCGCCUAGUGUAACACACGGAAUAUGGACUCAGCCUUACUUCCGAUGUGACGGUCGUGUGGACGCCUGGGUAAUUACGUAUGCUGUUCCGUUCAUUGGUUUGGAUAGACUUAGGACCAAACUGAAAUUUAAGGGUGUAGUUACCGUUGACAUUCCAUUAGAGGAACUGGAGAUCAACCAGUGUUACCAGUCCUUCAGCAUCCAAAACGCUUUCAAAAACACCGCCAGGUGUCACUACCCAUCCCAAACAUGCAGAUGAUUCUUCACAAGAUGUGACAGAUAAGUCAGUGGAAAACAUUGAGUCGAAGAUGUGUUAAGAUAUUCAGCGCUGUAUGAUUUGGAUGAAGGAAAAAUGAAUUAAGCUUAAAUCUGUCUAAAACUCAAAGUAUGCUUGUUGGAUCUGCAACAAAAUUAUCAAAGUGUCAAAAAUUAAAUUUAUUGGUAAAUAACCAUGUCAUAGAAAGUGUUCAGGAGUCAAAAUUACUUGGUGUCAUUAUUGAUGAAACUUUGUCCUGGAAAAGUCGUAUAGAAACACUUAUGAACAAGGUUUCAAGAGAAUUGACAUUUUAAGAAGAAUAAAAUAUUUUAUGUCAAAUAAUGCGCUAUUAAAGAUUUUUAAUACUUUGCUUUUUCCACAUUCUACAUAUUGUAUCAGAAAUUAGUCAGAGGCAAACCAGAAAUUCUAAUUCAAAUGUAUUGUAUGUACCCAGGACAAAAUCUGAAUAUUAUAGAAGAUCUUUCAGCAUUUCAGGUCGCAAUAUGUGAAAAGCUUUGAGGAAACUAUACGAAACUCAACAAGUGUAAUGUGUUUUAAGAGAAAUUAUAACCAGACAUUUUAGCUUCAUUUAUACCUAUUGAUCUUACAUUCAUAAUUACAUCUUAAGUAAAUCUAUAGAUACUCUACUUCUGUGUUUAUGUGGCUAAUAUCUGUCUGUAUGUAUGUUACAUGUAUAUGCAGGACCAUAUUGGAAACUAGUGUUAUCGCUAAAUAUGUAAUCCUGGAUAAAUAAAGAUCUUAUUAUUAUAUUAAAAAUUAAAACAAAGUGACCACUGAAAAAUUCAACAAAUCUCAAAAAGUCGUUAACACCAUAAUCAUGAACUCUUAUUUUAGUAUCAUUUUACAAUUUUGCCUUUCGAAAUUUUACAAUUUGUUUUGGCAAAUAAUAUUUUGUAUGAACAUAUAGGGUCCAUCUACAUCUUUAUUACGUCCUUCUGUAAAGAGACAUGCAUAUAAAUUUAAAAAAAAAAACCUUUUCAGAAAUAGAAAUGCCACGAGAGACGUUGUACUUGGAGGUUUAAUUGUCGUUUGCCGUAAUUGCACAUAUUUGUAAAAGGAGAUGUUCAUGACAAAGUUUUAAAAUUUGACUCGUUGGAGAUUUAUGAAAUUCAAUGAAAUAUCAAGUCUAUGUGUUUUUCAGUGCUCCCCCAUCGCCGGAUACAAGUUCUCCAGAGGUGCCUAUAAAUGUGCAUGUCGCCAAGGUUACGAGUACCCUUUUAAAGACGGACGCAACUUCUUCCAAGGUUCACUUGUAGACAUCGAAUACGAAAAGAAAAUGGCG